AUGGCUCCCGCUCCAGCGGCCAUGGAUGUUGACGACGAGGGUGCUGGUGGUGGAGCCAGGAACCAGAGCACCAUGGUGGUGGUGAAAUCUGACUGCACAAACACUGACCCUCUGGUGGUCGGUCCUGAACCUGUGGAAGACGAGGGAGGUGGAGGUGAUACCACCGAAUGCUCGAGCUCGUUUGGCGACACCUGUUCUGGAUUUCAAGAUGCGGCAGGCGAUGGUGAACCAGAAGUGAAUUCUGGCAUGUCUGCUCGUGCCGAUGGUGGCAGGCCCUGGAAGCCCCUAGGUGAGUGUUCUGAGGUGAUAGUAGCACCUAGAUUAAAAGGCAGGAAAAAGGUGACGGCUGAGUGGAGGAAUUAUGUUCGUCCAAUUCUGUGGAGAUGCCAGUGGUUAGAGUUGCGUAUGAGGGAGCUCUCAUCUCAAGUAUCAAAGUAUGACAGGGAGCUUGCUCUAAACAAGAAACAAAAAGAAUUACAAGCAGCAAGCAAAGCAAAUGGUUCUAUGUCAGAAUCUAUGCAGAUUCACAAAGGUCAUGGAAACAGUAUCAUGAAGAGGACAAAGCGGAAGAGGCAUGAAGAAAAUUUGGAUACUCCUUUGUACAUCAACAAGCACCAAAUAUUGUCAUACUACCAUGAUAAACAAAAUAAGGGAGCUGAAACUGAUGGUCUCUUAAUUGAUGAGGAUUGUGGUAGUACAGGUCGUCUCAGCAAGGCUCAUUAUGAAGGAAGAAAUUUGGCAUUUUCUGAGGGCAAUACUCAUGUCAGGGUGUCUCCGAAGAGACAGCAUACUCAAAAGCGCUCAUCUUAUACAGAAUGUAGAUAUACUAAACCACAGAAAAAGAAGAAUCUAAAUGUUUUGCUCAAGGAUGAUAGUGGACCAGCUCUUUCAGGGAGACCUUCUUUGCCUGACAAGGAAACUGAUACUCCUAUAAAAGAUGCAGAUAGGAUUGCUGAAGAAAGUAGUGGAGAGGGCAAACACUCGAGGGAGAAAGCCAUAACGAUGGACCUUCUCUUGGGUAUUGGCAAUUACAUACCAAAUGGUUAUAUAGAGGAUUUAUGCAAAGAAAACGCUGACGAUAUCCUCAUAGACAAUCAAGCAACUAGUGAUGUCUGUCAGCAGUUUGACAAGGCCAAGCAUCUGCCUUCUGGAACUUCUUCCAAAGAACAGAACGUUUCUGCUCCAGUGGAAGUGAAGAACACUUGUGCUCCAGUAAAAGUUGAUAGCACUUCUGCUCCAGUGGAAGUAGAUACCACUUGUGCUCCAGUGGAAGUACAUACCACUUGUGCUCCAGUGGAAGCAGAUACCACUUGUGCUCCAGUGGAAGUACAUACCACUUGUGCUCCAGUGGAAGUAGAUACCACUUGUGCUCCAGCGGAAGUAGAUACCACUUGUGCCCUAGCAGUGGGGCAAGAAUCAUUUGUUGAAAAGUCACCCUCGAAGGAGCCUGUCUCUUCUGGGAGCAAACAGGAACCGAACUCUAAGAAAAAGAGGAGGAAGAAAGGCUCUUUGUUUACCAGGAAGAAGCAGAGGAAAGAGGCGUCCAAUACAGCUGCUGCAAAGGAGAAAACUGAGGGCAGGCCGUCAGCUGCAAAUACCCGAACUGAGAGCACACCCUCUGCUGUAGCAAAGCAGAAAACCGAGGGCACAUGCUCUGCUGCUGCAACAGGGCCGCAAACCAUGACAGCUCGCUCUGCUGGAAAGAAGCGCAAAUCUGUAAAUGAACCUGCAGAUGCAAAGGAGCAUGGAUCUGGGAACUCAUUCUCUGCAUCGACAGAGCAGACAACUGGGAAGCCAUCCUCAGCAAUGAAGAGGAAAGAGGCAUCCGAAACAUAUGCUGCAAAGGAGAAAACUGAGGGCACGGGCACGCUGUCAGCUGCAAAUACCCAAACUGAGAGCACACCUUCUGCUGUAGCAAAGCAGAAAACCGAGGGCACACGCUCUGCUGCAACAGGGCCUGAAACCAUGACAGCCCGCUCUACUGGAAAAAAGCGCAAAUCUGUAAAUGAACCUGCAGACGCAAAGGAGCAUGGAUCUGGGAACUCGUUCUCAGCAUCAAUGGAGCAGAAAACUUGGAAGCCAUCCUCAGCAGUGAAGAAGCAGAAAACUGAAAAGUCGUCCACUGCUGCAAAGAAGUAUGGAUCUGGGAACUCAUCCUCAGCAUCGAUGGAGCAGACAAUUGGGAAGCUUUUCUCAGCAGUGAAGAAGCAGAAAACUGAAACCUCGUCCACAGCUGCAAAGAAGCAUGGAUCUGGGAACAAGUCCUCAGCAUCGAUGGAGCAGAAAACUGGGAAGCCAUCCUCAGCAGCGAAGAAGCAGAAAACUGAAACCUCAUCCACAGCUGCAAAGGAGCAUGGACCUGGGAACUUGACCUCAGCAUCGAAGGAGCAGAAAACUGGGAAGGUAUCCUCAGCAGUGAAGAAGCAGGAAACUGUAAGCUCGUCUGUAGCUGCAAAUAAGCAGGAGGCUGAAAGUGCGUCCUCAGCGAAAAAGAAGCAGGUGACUGAAAACUCAUCCUCCAAAGCGAAGAAGGCAGAGACUGCUGCGAGUGCUGCGACUGCCCCCCUCGAAGCUGCAGGUUGA